AUGCCGUCCUUCUUCUCUUUCCAGCAGGGCAACGAGGCCCGCGCCCUCUUCCCGGCCGACGCGUCGCCGCUGCUGGGCCGCUUCCGCGCCGUUCCUCGGCCUCUCGGCGGUGGUGGUUACGCUGGCGGAGGGCUGGGCGCGGCGCAGCAGCGCGGCGGGCAGAUCAACGCGGCGUGGCGCGGCAGCGUACAUAUCGGGUACGGCGCGGUGCUGGCGCAGCAGCUCGAGGACGAGGAGGACGACGAGACGGGCGACGAAGACGGGCUGAGCGACGACGACGAGGGCGGCCUCGGAUGCGUCGGGCGGUGUCACAAGCUGGGCAGGAGGACCUGGCGCUGGGUGAACGAUCUCUGGAUCACGCCGAAGCAGAGCGCGGUCAAGAGAGUUGUCAACAGCUGGUGGAAUCGCUGGACACUGCUGGUAGUGCUGCCGGCUGCGCUGGCCAUUGCGUGGUGUGCCUUGCCUUUCCCUCAGUACCCGUUACCGGGGUCGCCCGAGACUCCUGAUCCGGACAAUCCACCCCGGAACGGAGGCAAGGUACCGGGUCACGGAGAGGCCCGGGUUCAGGUUAACUUUUGGUUCUUCCUUUUCGUGUAUUAUGGCUGCUACAGUCUGACUGCACUGAUUUGGAUUACCAAGGUGUUCAACCUCUACAGCUUGAACUGGUGGCCCAAGUCUCUCGGCUUUCCUGUAACCAUAACGCUUAUCGCGCUGCUUUCUAUCGCCGCACCGAUGCCCGUGUAUCUAAUCCCGGAGUCUAGGUGGCUCACGGUUCACAACACGGCAUGGAUUACCUGGACCUUCUUUAUCAUGGCCAUGCCAGUUCUGAUUGCGUUCUGCAUCUUGAUGACCCACGAACGCCAUCUCGGGCUCCGGCACUCCCUUUCCGAGACCCAACGCAUUUUCACCUCGUCUUGGUGGACCGGCGAACCAGACACGCUGCCGCGAAGAGAGUCGAGGCGCCGCGGCCGAGCGUGGAUGCACCAGCAGAACAACAUGGGCGACGACUUCGACUCGGACGCGGCCCUCCAGGUUGCAGCUGUGAGCGAUAUGGGCCCUGCCUCACGACGGGGCGUUGUCCCCGUCGCGAUGCGUCGGCGCUGGUUACCCGCCAGCUUCAUACGCUUCAUUUGGUUCUGCCUGGCCCUCUUUAUUGGCCUGCUCGUGUACGUCAUUGGAGAGGCGUACGCCGAGAUCUAUCUUCGCACCCUGCCACACAACAACCUGGAGACUAUCGUCUAUGUAUACGGCUGGGUCGCCACCGUGCAUCUUCUCGACGGCCUGACAGGCUGGAUCUUGGGCGGCAACGAGGGCGAGAGGGUCGGGAGCUACCCUCUGAGUUGGAUCUUCAAGCUAUACUUCAUGCUCACCUACCAGACCUACGUCCGGGCUCUGUACGCCCGGCUCCGCUCGCCGUCCCAGUUCAUCUGGCUGCAGGCGCUCUCGUCCUUCUUCCUCAUCACCAUCACCCCGCUCUUCAUGUCGCGCCCCGCCCACCGCUGCCUGACGCUGCUGUCGCUCAACGCCCAAUCCUACGGCGCCUACCACAAGACGUGCGUGCGCAACGUCUUUGUGCGCUUCCUCGCCGAGAACGCCAGCAUGCUCGCCUUCCUGGGGUCCAUCCUCGUCCUGCACUUUGGCGCCAACAAGGACGUCUACCCGUACUUUGCGUUUGACGGCGGGCAGCAAGGCGGCGGCGGCGGCGGCGGCGGCGACGGGGACGGGUACGACUUCAACCUCACCUUCUACGCCUCGUCGGUGACGUGGGCGUGCGAGCUGGCGGCGAGCUUCGUCGUGGCGGGCCUGAUCCGCUGGAUCUACGGCGUCAGCGUCGUGGUCGAGGGCAAGCUCGACCUGGCCGUCUGGCCGGAGCUGCUGCCGACCAGCGUGGCCGUGAUUCUGCACGUGCUGCAGAACAUGCUGUUUAGCAUUGCCCGGCUGCAGUUCCACUGA